CUGAUUUUAAUUUCUUUAUAAUGAAGUCUAAUUAUAGCUGAGUAAGCUUGUAUUAAUGCAACAUAAUUUGCAAAUAUUGGCGCCUAUCAUAUAAUACAAAUCUAAACUCGGCUUAUCAUUCUGUCCUACUUGCUUUGUGAAGCUGAGCUUUCUCGUGCAAGUCUCGUGCUGUUCAAACUGACUAAGACCAACUAUUUAUUAUUCUCAGAGAUCACACACUAAUCAUUUCAAACCUAUACAUCUGCAAGCAUUACUGUUCUUUAAAUGCUUAUAGGCUUGUGAGUAUUUAAAAGCGCUACGCUGAAAAGUGUUGUUCUUAUUAGUGAUUGUACAGCAUUACUGGCAGCCUCACAAAUUUUACUUUGUAUUUUUUUUUUAGAUGUUUGUGAGUAUUCUUAUUUUACUAUUUUUUUUAAAUUUUAUUUAUUAAAAAAUUAAAAGCUAGUACCAAGGAGAUUUAGUAGAAAAAGUGAAGGUGGUGGUCAAAACUACGAGCAGUAGUAGUAUACUACCGCCAAAGCUGUAAAAAUUUAUUAAUAAUCUGGAUCACACAUUUCUUCAUUUUAUUUCUGCUUUUGAAAUGCAACUAAAAUUUUUGUAUUCAAUGAACUUACUCACACACAAUUCCCCCCGCAAAUCAUAGUUCAUUCUAUUUUUUCUACGCCCUUAGAAUUGCGCAAAAAGCACCAAACGUGGUACUUUCCGAGUGAAUUAAAUAAUCUUUAUUAAUUUUUUAAUAUUUUUAAUGCCGAUAUAUCACCAGCCGAGUCCUGAAUGUGUCCGUAUACCCAAUUUUUUUAUUUACGAUUUAUUUUUGACCGAAAAAGCUCUCAACUGUUUACGCUUUCAAAGUGGUACUUGGUUAAGAAAACGGAAGAAUUUCGAUGCAGCAACCACAAUCUCUUUCAAACACCGAAUAAUACCCGCUUCCUGUCAGAUUCCUAAUGAUCAACACAUAAUUCAUUAAAAUCGCUGCAAUCUUUCAUCAGUCUACCCAAAAUAAAAUUAAAUUUAUUAUUGUUUUAUUGGCAAACUUGUCUUAUUGCUUAAAUGAUAAAAGAGGCAUAUAAAUAACUUCAUUACCUGUCUACCUUUAUGCACGGGUCAUUUUAUUGAGAACACAUAUGGACACAAAUGUACACACAUAUAUAAAUACACGUAAACGCGUGUAAGUUCACAGCUGCCGCUUUCGUGAUAUUUCUUGAAUCAAAAGUUCUUUCGCAUGAGUACACAGCGGCCGUGUGCUAAUUUUGCGGUUUGAAACUGGGAACUUUUUACUUAAAUUGGGGCGAUACAGUAAUUUUUGCCUUAUAUUAAGUUCAAAUUAGUGCCGUGCAUUUUGUAUAUAUCGUCAUGUGUAAGCGUUUAGACACCCGCAUAAUGUUCGUAAAAAUAUAAGUUUACACAAAAACCAGCGGCUUGACAUAUGUUUUAACACUACAGUAGAAUAUGGAAUAAGCACUAUACUCACUCGAUUAGAAUCUACGUACAUACAUACAUAUGUUAAGCUGUACACCUAAGUAUACCUCUCACACAUACACACAACCAUAUAUACAGACAUAGAUGCAGGCUAAAGCCAAGUAAAAUUUUGAAAAGACAACGUAUACUACAGCGAUCAUACUUUAAAAAAGAGUAAUAUUGAUAAACAAAUAAUAAAUUGUAGAAUAUUUGAAAUUUUCGUAUAAAAGUAAAAUCUGAAAUGUCGCGCACACAUUUCUCUAAUAAACAUCGUCUAGCGAUGGCUGGCGCAGCGGUGGCGGUGGUGCUUUUACUCUUAUGUUUGCUGAAUUCAAACGUUUUUUCAUUCGUGUCCAUAGACAAAGCUGAUGCUGAUACUUUGGAAUUACUACAUGUGGUUUUCCGCCACGGACCACGAACACCCGCAGACACAUAUCCGAAUGACCCUCACAUUAACCAGACAUUCUCUCCUUUCGGAUGGGGGCACAUAACCAAUAACGGCAAGCGUGAGCUAUUUGGCAUUGGAACGUGGCUGCGCAAGCGUUACGCAGACUUCUUGUCGCCAUACUAUACGCCAGACGCAGUGCACGCACAAGCAACGGGUGUUGCACGCACCCACAUGACCCUGCAAACAGUCUUAGCGAGUUUUUUCCCUCCAAAAGAUACACCCAUGGAAUGGCAUCCGAAAUAUAAUUGGCAACCGGUGCCGGUAUUUUCGCAGCCACUCAAUGAGGAUUCUUUACUGUUGGUGCGCACACCUUGUCCGCGUUAUUUUGAGGCUUUAAGUGAAGUUUUAGAGUUGCCAAAUGUAAAAGCGGAAAUCGAACCAUACCUCGACAUGCUGAGCGAGUUGUCACUUUUAACCGGCAUGAAUUUAACACAACCGGAAGAUGUACAAUCGCUUUACCUAACACUUCUAGCAGAGCAAGAAUUUGGUCUAAAACUUCCUGAUUGGACGAAGAGUUACUUUCCUCAACAAAUGCAGUUCCUAACCGAUCAAAGUUACAUUUACAAUGUUUAUACGUCAGAGAUGCAAAAGAUAAAAGCUGGACCAUUUUUGCAGAAAAUGUUUACAGAAAUGCUGGAAAAACGCAAUGACAAACUGAAGCCACAGGAACGAAAAAUGUUUAUUUAUACAGGACAUGACACGACUGUGGUCAAUAUUCUGUCGAGCUUGAAAAUAUGGAAGCGACAGUUGCCACGUUACUCGGUUAUGACUAUUUUUGAAUUGCACAAGAAUAAGGAUAACGGAGAGUAUUAUGUAGAGGUUUACUUUCGAAGUCAUGCCAAAGCGCCAAUAGAGAAGCUGACAGUACCAGGCUGUAAUUUCCAAUGCCCCUUAGAUAAAUUAAUUGAACUAAGUGGUGAUGUACUUCCAAAUGAACCAUACGACGUGCGCUGCGCAUCAAAGAAUGAAGGUUUUACGGAGCCACCGCUCAAAGGACCUUAAGUGAUAUAACCCUAGUAAAAAAGUAUUUUUAUAACACAUUAAACUAUUUGUAAUUUUU